AAUCAUUUUACUCCGUGGCCAAAUUUUUGAAAACUUGUGUGUUUAGAUCGCGCAAGUUCUUUUAUCUAUGUAUUCAUGUUUCGUUUUAACAUAUUUAUGUAUAUCUUAUGUACAAAAUAAUCAGUAUAUUGUAACAAUAAAUUUUUUUCUUGAAUUUUAAUCAAAUUGUGGCUCGUCGAUUAUUUCACGAUAUUCAAACCGCCGAAUCUCGCAUUUGUUAUAACCUAGCUAAUUGAUCUUUUAAGCGUUAUUUGUUGAAACAUUUUCAAAAGAAAAUUUCAAGGAAAUAAACACGAAUCGAAUAUGGCCGGAACGGAAGAGAGAGAAACGGCGAUCGUUCACACCUAUCCCUUGUGCAAGCACACAGAUAUGCAAGAGGAUUUGAAGCAAGAAGCCAUGGAAGUGACGGUGACAGCGGUCGAGAAGUACGCUGAUAACUACGAAUUCGCGGCCCGGAUGAUAAAGGAGAACCUCGACAAGAAAUUUGGCGCGCCGUUCAACGUCGUCAUCGGCGAGUCUAUGAGCUUCGAGAUCACUUACCAGAAAAACUCGAUGUUGCUCAUGUACACAAACGGCAAUGUUGUAGCGCUUAUAUGGAGGACUGUAGCCAGUUUUGCGUGAUUCCUACCUUGUUUACCCUGCUUCAAGUGAGGUAGAAAAGUGGAGAACGCGUAAGAAGUAAUAAAUUUAUUGAACAAUCAAGUUA